CUACCUCCACCUCCACACCUCCCUCCCCAUCUGCGCGAGAGAGAGAGAGAGAGAGAGAGACAGAGACAGAGACAGAGACAGAGUGAAUCUAUCGAGAGCAAUCGCAACCGGGGAAUUUUGCAGUCGGGCAUGAGCGAGUAGUCCCUCCGGACGAUUUCGGUGCUGCAUUCGGGCGGCGAUUUGCAGAUGAAGGAGCUCCGCCCUUGUCCUGUGUUGGGUCGUCGAGUGAGCUGCUAAUCUUGUACGAGCAGAUUCAUCUGGGAAAGAAUCGGGUGAGAAAUGUCGAGGCCGCUGCAUAGAGGGAGUUCCGGGGCGCGGAUCUCCGGUGGCAGCCAAGAUUUUUGGGAUCCUCAGAUGAAGGACAGAAGUGAAAAGGAAGAUUUGAGUAGAAGAGAUUCUUCUGACCAGAGCUACCCGCCGCAAAAGUUCGCGUCUCAGUUGCUUCACCCGAGUAACUCCCCUUCUAAGUUCACUAAUCUCGAGAAUGGCUUCGCAUCCGAUGCCUGCUCUGCCGGUAGUCCUAGGAAGCGAAACCAUUUGAUUAUGCUCGCUCUGAGAUCCAGUCUUUUCCUGAUUGUAAUUCUUGCUGUUACUGGAUCGCUUUGGUGGACGAUAUCCAUUUCGACCUCUUCCAGAGUCCACAUAAACCAGCACUACAAGGAUCUCCACGCUCGAGUUCUUUCGGAUUUGUGGGACAUAGGGGAGCUCUCUCUUGGGCCGACAAAGUUGAGAGAAUUGGAAGCUUGUCCUGAUGAGUUUGAGAAUUAUGUUCCAUGCUAUAAUGUUUCAGAAAAUGUUGCUGUGGGCUAUUCGGAUGGUAAUGAGUUUGAGCGACAUUGUGGGCAUUCUGUCAAACAACAUUGUUUGGUUGUUCCACCUACAAAUUACAAAAUCCCUUUGAGGUGGCCCACGGGGAAAGAUAUUAUCUGGGUUGCAAAUGUUAAAAUUACUGCCCAGCAGGUACUCUCUUCGGGGAGCUUGACCAAGAGGAUGAUGAUGCUGGAGGAAGAGCAGAUUUCUUUCCGUUCAGCUUCUCUUAUGUUUGAUGGCGUGGAAGACUAUGCUCAACAAAUAGCGAAAAUGAUUGGUCUUAGCAAUGAAUAUGAACUUACAAAAGCAGGGGUUAGAACAAUCUUGGAUAUAGGAUGUGGUUAUGGUAGUUUUGGAGCCCAUCUCUUCUCCAAACAACUCUUGACUUUGUGCAUUGCAAACCAUGAGACUUCUGGAAGUCAGGUUCAACUGACCAUUGAAAGGGGUCUUCCAGCAAUGAUCAGUUCAUUUAACUCAACCCAGUUGCCGUACCCUUCUCUUUCAUUUGACAUGCUGCAUUGCUUGAGAUGUGGGAUUGAUUGGGACCAAAAAGAUGGAAAGUAUCUGUUGGAAGCAGAUCGAGUUCUUAAACCUGGUGGGUAUUUUGUCUGGACUUCCCCGAUUACAAAUGCUCAUGGGAAUAGUCGUAUUAAAGUAUAUAAGAAACGGUGGGAGUUCAUUCACGAUUUUGCUGAAAGUCUGUGCUGGGAGUUGUUGUCACAACAAGAUGAAACUGUUGUAUGGAAAAAGACUAGCAAAACACGUUGUUAUGGUUCCAGGAACCCUGGUUUGGGCCCUCCAAUUUGCGGUAAAGCCCAAGAUGUAGAAUCUCCUUCCUACCGCCCACUUCAAGGGUGUAUUGGAGGAACAAGAAGCAAGCGAUGGAUCCCUAUAGAAGAAAAGACAACUUGGCCUUCUAGGGCUAAUUUGAAUGCGACUGAACUUAAGCUUUAUGGUCUGCAUCCAGAAGACUUUGCCGAGGACACAGACAACUGGAAAGCAGCUAUCCGUGAAUUUUGGUCUCUCCUGUCGCCAUUGAUAUUCUCGGAUCAUCCUAAAAGGCCUGGAGAUGAAGAUCCCUCGCCACCGUAUAACAUGGUUCGCAAUGUACUAGACAUGAAUGCCCAUUUUGGUGGUUUUAAUGCAGCAUUGCUUGAAGCAGGAAAAUUUGUGUGGGUCAUGAACGUGGUCCCAAUUGGUGCUCCCAACUACCUGCCAAUGAUUCUGGACAGAGGUCUUGUAGGUGUGCGGCAUGAUUGGUGUGAAGGAUUUCCAACAUACCCCAGAACCUAUGAUAUGGUUCAUGCCUCAGGACUUCUCUCCCUUGAAAAUAGCCAGAAUCGCAGAUGCUCAAUGCUUGAUCUUUUCAUUGAGAUCGACCGAAUACUUCGUCCUGAGGGUUGGGUGAUAUUCCGCGAUACAACAUCCCUUAUUGAGUCGGCGAGAGCUCUGUCCGCACAAUUCAAGUGGGACGCACGAGUUAUAGGAGUCGAGAGCAACACUGAUGAGAAACUCCUCAUCUGCCAGAAACCAUUUUUGAAGAAGCCGUCGAGUUAGUUAUACUCCACACUGGAACACAUGAAAGUUUGGAUCAGAUUGGAUCAACAUUCGUUGGCUUCAGUUUCUUAAUUUCAUACAUACAGCUAUUCUAUGAAGGACGACUAGCCGUUCCAAACGAAGACAAGAUAGCCCAAAAAGGUAAUAGGAAACAGGUGAAUCUUUGGUGGAAACCAAACCCACAACACAACUCCUACGGAGCCUAAGGCGGACGUAGGGACUUGUAAUUAUGCCAUUGAGGCGCUCCACAGUUGAGAAAUAUAGGGUUCAAUUCUUUAUGAUGAUGUCUCAUUGUAACUAUACUAAGACAAGAGGUUGAUUAAGAUUUGCAUAGAUAAUCAGAAGAAUAAAGCAAGUGCCUUUUUGCUGUAAAA